CGAGGGAUCUCCAGUGAAUAUACGCGUCUAGCACUAGCUGCUGGUGUUGCUGCAACUGCUGCUGUCAAAAGUUUAAGAGUCGAUUUUUUAUCUCCUAUUGUAUCAUAUCCUACCGUUUCCCCGCAACAAUAAUUAUAAAUUAACAUUUUUAAAAUUACACAGUUUAAAAAAUAAAUUUUACUAAUAAUAAUUAUUAGUAAUGAUAAUAAAUAUAAUUAUCUGUUAAAUAACGUAGCAACAGAAGAAAUAUAAUAAAUUUUAUUAAUUCUCUGAUCAAAACCGCAGCAACCACCAGUACAGUAUCAUUUAUCUUGUGAGUGUACUAGAAGUUGGUGUAAAAUAUAAUAUUCGACACACACCCACCCAACUCGCUCAUAAAUAUUAAUAUUUAUAUUAAUAUAUUCUUCAUAAAUAAAUGGAUAAGCUUAUCAGAUCACCAAGUGUGGGGAAACGGUGUGAGAUGUUUUAGUUUUCUUCAUUUAAAGUUACGCUUUACACAAGAUAAUUCAAGCGAUUGGUGAUAGAAGAGAGAAAACGUCAAGGGGCUGUGCCGGUCCGGAGUUUCCUCUGAAUUAUCGAUCAAAUACAGCACACUAACCACCGAGUUUAAAACCACCGCUGUCGAUUUAUAUUUUUAUUAUUAAUAAUAAAAAAUAAUUACCACUAGCGGUAAUUACUUAUUAGUAGUGCAGUGUGUAUUUAAAUCUACGUACAAAUGUAUUUUAUUGAGUGACAUUUUAAGGGUGUUUCGUGGACCAAUCCAACUUGCCAAUGAUUUUAUCAAAAUACAAGAGGUCAUUUCACAGUACGCAGACGUUUAAGUACAUUUUUUUGACAGUCGUAAGAUCAAUAAAUAUAAGGGUGAUUAAAUGAUUGUUUGAACAAGUAUUUUAGUGUGAAUCAGGUGCACUAUACGUAUAUAAUAUAAAAUAUAUAUAUAUAUAUAUACACAUAAAUAUAUAUUGAAUAGGGUGGUAAUAUAAGGAGCACGGGUGUUAGGUGUAGUAGGUGCGUGCGCGAUUGUAUUAUUCUUCAUUAUAUUGUGUCUUGUAUAUAUAUUAAAUAUUAUUAUCAUAAUAAUAGUAUAAAAACACACAUUUGAUAUAAUACAAUAUAAAAGUAUAUAAAUACAACUAAAUCUAAUCAAAUACAGUACAUAGUACAUAAUAUAUAAUAUAAUAAAUAAAAUAGUGGUGGUGUGGUGUUACUAGGAAUACGUAGUGGCGGGGGCUUUGCCGUCCCGCGAUAGGGGUGAAAAUAAAAAGAGACGGGGGUGGCGUUUGUGAAGGCAACGUGUAGUAAAAUGGGCUGUGCUAUGUCUGCUGAAGAGCGGGCCGCUUUGGCCCGCAGCAAACAGAUUGAAAAAAAUCUCAAGGAAGAUGGAUUGCAAGCUGCCAAGGAUAUUAAACUUUUACUCCUCGGAGCUGGAGAGUCUGGGAAAAGUACGAUCGUGAAACAGAUGAAAAUCAUUCACGAGAGUGGAUUUACACCAGAAGACUUCAAGCAGUACAGGCCUGUUGUGUACAGCAAUACGAUACAAUCAUUAGUCGCUAUUUUAAGAGCAAUGCCAAAUUUGGAAAUUAAUUACUCAUCUAAUGAACGACAGACUGAUGGUAAAAUGGUAUUCGACGUUAUUCAACGAAUGGAAGACACUGAACCAUUUAGCGAAGAAUUAUUAGCGGCUAUGAAAAGGCUGUGGGCUGAUAAUGGAGUGCAAGAAUGUUUUGGAAGAAGUAAUGAAUAUCAAUUAAACGAUUCUGCUAAAUAUUUCCUGGAUGACUUAGAUCGAUUAGGGGCUAAAGAUUAUCAACCAACGGAGCAAGAUAUUUUGAGGACUCGGGUCAAAACAACAGGAAUCGUUGAAGUACACUUUUCAUUUAAAAACCUUAACUUUAAAUUAUUUGAUGUGGGCGGUCAACGAAGUGAGCGUAAAAAAUGGAUACAUUGCUUUGAAGACGUCACGGCAAUUAUCUUUUGUGUGGCUAUGUCUGAAUACGAUCAAGUUUUACACGAAGAUGAGACUACGAAUCGGAUGCAAGAGAGUCUUAAAUUAUUCGACUCAAUAUGCAAUAACAAAUGGUUCACGGACACUUCGAUAAUUUUAUUUUUAAACAAAAAAGAUUUGUUUGAAGAGAAGAUUCGUAAGUCAUCGCUCACUAUCUGUUUCCCCGAAUACAAUGGCGCUCAAGAGUACAGUGAAGCAGCCGCGUACAUACAGGCGCAAUUUGAAGCGAAAAAUAAGUCGACCACAAAGGAGAUCUACUGCCACAUGACUUGCGCCACGGACACAAACAACAUUCAAUUUGUGUUUGACGCAGUAACAGACGUGAUCAUCGCCAAUAAUCUUCGCGGUUGCGGUCUUUAUUAGAAUUUUAUUAUUAAUAUUAAUAUUAUUAUUAAUACUAAUACUAAUACUAAUACUAAUACUAAUACUAAUACUAAAAUUAAUAUUAACAUUAAUAUUAAUAUUAUUUUUAUUAUUGCUAUUACUAUUAAAACAACCACAACUAUACCUAUCACUAUUAUUUCGUACUAAAACUUUUAACCGCGAAAAACUCGACGAGUGUUUUUUUUUUUUUAACAAAAGCAUCGAUCGUCAAGCAGCUACGGUUUAUCUCAGUGCUAAUCGAUUAAUUGUCAUCACGUGAGUAAUUAGCCGGAUUGCUCCCGAACAGUAUGCACACGUGUAACUCGUGCUUCUUUUCUCCGUGACUAAAAUUAUUAAUUAAUAAUAAUAAUGAUAAUAAUAAUAAUAAUAAAUAAUAAUAAUAAUAAUAAUAAUAAUAAUAAUAUUUAAAAAAAUGAAAAAGGAUUUAACUAACAACUUUUAUUAAAUGCUUUAAAUAAAUUAUUUAUAUUUUUAAUUUAUAAAACUAUUAAUUAAUAUACAGGACAAUCGCAUUAUUAUUGAUUUAUCGGAGCCGAGUUUUACCGUCGCUUUAUACGGAGUAAAUUAUUUUAUUAAAACAAAAAAAAA